AUGGGAAAAGCAACCGGUUUUAUCGAAUAUUCAAGGACUUUGCCGAUUUUAGGCAAUGCGAGAUCGCGUGUGCAAAACUGGGAAGAAUUUCAUGCACAUUUGCCUGAAGGCGAGCUGAAAAAACAAGGUGCGCGCUGUAUGAAUUGCGGCAUUCCGUUUUGUCAUACGGGCGCGACGUUUGAAGGCGCAAGCGUCGGAUGUCCGCUCAACAAUCUGAUUCCAGAAUGGAACGAUCUCGUCUAUCGCGGACAAUGGCGCGAAGCCUAUAAACGUUUGGCUUUGACGAAUAAUUUUCCCGAAUUCACAGGCAGAGUUUGCCCCGCACCGUGUGAAUCUUCCUGCGUUCUCGGCAUCAAUGAAGAGCCCGUAAUGAUUAAAGAAAUCGAAGUUUCGAUUAUUGAUAAAGCAUUUGAAGAAGGCUGGAUUUUGCCGAAUCCGCCGAAAAAUCGGACGAAUAAAAAGAUCGCCGUGAUCGGUUCAGGUCCGGCUGGUUUGGCGUGCGCAGAUGAACUCAAUAAAUUUGGUCACAAUGUUACGAUUUUUGAACGCGAUGACCGUAUCGGCGGACUUUUGAUGUAUGGAAUUCCGAAUAUGAAGCUCGACAAAAAACUUGUCGAACGGCGCGUGAAAUUGUUAAGCGAUGAAGGAAUUGAAUUUCGCACGAACGUAAAAGUCGGCGAUGACAUUUCCGCUGAAGAAUUGAAAAAUGAAUUCGAGGCGGUCGUUCUCGCUUGCGGUGCGCCGCAACCGCGCGAUUUGCAAAUCGAAAACAGAAACGCCAACGGAAUUCAUUUUGCAAUGGAAUUUUUGCACAAAAAUACGAAAAGCCUGCUCGAUUCAAAUCAUUUUAACGGCGAAUUUAUCAACGUCAAAGACAAAAAUGUGAUCGUCAUUGGCGGCGGCGAUACGGGA